AUGACCACCACCUGGUGUCUCCAGCCAGUUUCUAGAGACCUCAUUGGCAACUGGCGCUUUUACGGCCUGGUGACAAAGGAUUACGAGUCAGAGAAGAAAGUAUUGCGUUCUUGCUUGCCCAUUAACGCGCGUGCCAACUGCCAAGGUGCGGCCCAACCCCGAUCUAGGACUGAUAGACAAAGUACAAUGUACCCACCUAUGUGUUCAAGAUGGAGAUGGAUGUGGCAGAUAGACGAUACGAAGAGCUACUUGGAAUAUCUCAACACCAUUGAAGAAACUCUUGAACGAGCGGUCACAGUACCGCCGCCGAGUACAUCGAUCCAGCGUGUUUUCGAAGGCAUGUGA